AUGCCUCCUUUAAUCUGGAGUCUAGACAAGGACUCAGGACAGGACGGAUCCUCAACCUCAACCGCAACCGAUGUCACCUGUAGAAAGGCCCCCGUGAUGCGCAACAGCGAGGAGAACGCUGACAGUCGCGUUUCAACUCUCUCGCCGACUGGUGCCAGUGGCGAUUACGUCACCUCGCCGGGCCAACGUGCAAGUGUUGACGUUAACAUGCUCACGGGACGCCCGAAUGCCUCUGGACAGCGCAAAAGCACAGCUGUUGGUAGUGGUGUACCGAACUCUGGAGGACAGCGUGUUGUUGGUAUGACCGCAAUCGCUGCUUCUGGUACUGCUAGAGUGCAGGAUUUGUUUGAGAUCCCAAUCCUCUUCCACCUUUCUAACACAGGUCGACGAAACGUACCCGGUACCUCUUCAGGUGACCACCACCACUACACUGGAACCACUGCAACUACCAAUAAUCGGCGGUCGGUAACGGGCACUGGCCCAACUCUUUACACCUCUUCUGGAACAGGAGUUACCUCACCUGCGACCACCAUUGUCUCGUCUGCUAUGGGUACCUCAAGUGUCACCACAACCGCUGCCGUUGCGUCGUUGUCUCAGUCACCCUCGUCCACAAGUCCA